AUGGUCAGCGAUCAGCAUAUAUGUCAAGAAUGUGACAAGCCGGUUCAGAUAAGCGAUUCUAUAAGACGUCUUAAUACUCUGCAAUUGGGGCUUUUAGUCAAUAAUGAGCUUAAUAAAGAUCAUAUGAAAGCUGAUCUAGAGCGGUUAAAUGAGUUAGACCCUCAUGAUUAUUUAACAACAGAGAAACUUGAACUAUAUAGUCGGGUGCCUAAGAAUACAAGGCCUGUUUAUUAUAAGAGCUACUUUGAGAGUGAGGAUGAAGAAGAAGAGGAGGAAGAGGAGGAGGAAGAGGAGGGGAGGAAGAAGAAGAAGGAGGAGGAGGAGGAGGAGGAGAAAAAUGAUGAAGAGGAAGAUGAUGAAGAGGAAGAAGUAUUAGAGGAGCCUGGAGAAACUUCAAAUUCUAAUUCCAAUUCCGAUAUACAUUCAUACCUAGUGGUCAAUGAAGAUGAGGGUGACGAGUUUAAACAGUUAGAACCUAGCUCAUUAGAGGCUGACGACGAGAAUGAAAACUUUGAGAUUAAAAUAUCGAGUCGGAUAAAGACUUUGAACAAGAUUUUCAAAAUUUUAUCCAACACUCAGGAUAUUGACCAUCCGUUGAGUGAGGAUUGUGCACAAUUGCUACUACAAAACUACCAACUCAAGUUUGAUCAAAUCCAAAAGGAAAAAGACCAAUAUUUGUCGUUUUUAAAAAGGCUAAAGGUUCAAGAUUCAAAACUCAACUUGGUUGACGAAAAAGGGAGCAUGCGUACACGGUUUGAAGAUCAGGAGCUCAACAACACUCUCAAACAGUCACUUGAAGAAUUUCAAAGAUUGACCAAAUUAGAACAUGAGCGAUUACGAGAGUUGAAGGAGUUGGAGAAAACCAAGGCAGAUUUAGAUUUGCAGUUGAGCAAAAAUGAACAAGAAUUGAAUGAAAUUACUACAAAACAACUUGAUGGAAUAAUACGACUAAGGAACGAACUUCAGCUAAAUCUUAUGGAUAAGCAAAGCAAGCUCGAUCAACUAAAAGCAUCCUACCAACUUCAGCUAAACCACAUUGAUGAACUAAGAAGCUUCAACAUAUACAAAAUGAUGUUCAAUAUCAGCUUAGAGGAAAAAUACGGCACAAUCAAUGGAUUUCGUAUUGGAUAUAGGAUAGUGUGGCCGGAAGUCAAUGCGGGAUUGGGGCAGAUUGUUUUGCUAGUUGUAUUUCUAAUGAAAAGGUUGAAUAUCAAGCUUGAUACGUAUAGAGUUGUUCCAAUGGGUUCACAGUCGCAUAUUGUGAAAUUCACCCAGCAGAAAGACGGUACACGAAGUAAAAAGACUUUGAACCUAUACUCUUCGGACGAGUUUACCUUAGGAAGGUUGUUCAAUUUCAAUAAAUUGGAUGUUGCAUUAAUUGCUUUAUUGGAUAUUCUUGCAGUAAUAGAUUACAAGUUGAAAGAAAUCGAUAGCGAAAUCGAAUUACCUUACAGCAUAAAAAACGAUACUAUUGGAGGAAAGAGUAUAAGAGUUACUUCUAAUUCAGAGUGGACUCAAAGUUGUAAGGCCCUACUAUGCGAUUUAAACUGGAUGUUGACUUUCAUAAGUGUUCACACUAAUGAUGAAUAA